CUCUGAACGUGGGAGCUGUAUUCCUCUUCAGCAUCACUUGUAGUCUUGCCUUCAGGCUCGCUCAACACUCGCCAAUGUUUUUGUGCUCUUUAUUUAAUAAAUUGAGUGAAUUAAAUACUACUAAUAUCUAGUGAAAGUUAAGUGAUAGUGUAAAUAAAUACUUCAAUAAUUAAUUACAUAAACAAAUAAAUAAAAAAUUAAAAAGUCAUCAAUAAAUAAUUGAUCAUGGAGACAUCAUAAAAUAAUUAACAGAAAAAUUAGUGAUCGUGAAAGAGUCGAUGAUUAAUUUUGCUCAAUUAUUACUUUCUUGGAUACCAAGUGCUCCAAUAAAUUUGAAUAAUGCCGCGGCCAUCAAGAGAUACUUAUGGAGAUCAGAAACCUCCUUACUCCUACAUCUCUCUCACCGCAAUGGCAAUAUGGUCUUCAAGAGACAAAAUGUUGCCUCUUGCUGAGAUCUAUAAAUUUAUUGCCGAUCGUUUCCCUUAUUAUCGGAAAGAUACAAGAAGAUGGCAGAACUCUUUAAGACACAAUCUUUCAUUCAAUGAUUGUUUCAUUAAGGUACCACGAGGACCACAUCGUCCAGGAAAAGGGGCAUACUGGGCGUUGCACCCAGCAGCUCUGUCAAUGUUCGAAAAUGGAUCCCUCCUACGUCGUCGAAAGCGAUUCAAGCUCCACAAACCAGACAAGGAACUUCUGAAGUCUGAAUUACAGGCAUUAGCGUCAGCAAUGCCUCCACCUCAUGCAGAAACUGCUGGGAGUGUUGGGACGUCAGUAUCAAGUUCUACAGGAAGUCUUAAUGCAGCUAAUCUCCAUCGCCUUCGAGAAGAUCUUUUAAGGUGGGAACUUCAAGAAAGACGAAUGAUGGUUGCUUCGACUACUGCUAAUUUUGCACUGGAAUCCCCACCAGAAGCAGCUCCUGGCUAUUAUUUAUUAUCAGCAGAAACUAGACAACGACUAGCUGGUGGCACACUUCCGGAACACGAUGUAAACAGAUCUUACGAUGCUACGACACUUUUACAACCCAGUAGCUGGUCUUUUUCUGGAUUCAAUGGUUCUUACAUUGGUCAUCUUCCUACUUAUUUACAGUCAUCCAAUAGACAGUCAAUUCUAUCUACAGAUUUGCCAGAAAGCCGUGGAAUAUGUAGCAGACUUCCUGCUAUUGAACCUAAUCCAGUUUCAGGACCUCGAGAGGAAUCAUAUCGCGAUAGAACAUUUGAUGUUUAUCGAGACAGACUUUAUGAUGAAGAGAAAAGACUGGAUAGCUAUUCCCAUUCACCAACACUACCUUCCAAAGUCUACAGACCUCCUGAUGUUGUGUUUGGAUCAAGUGCCUCACCAAGACUAUCACCAAGUUAUGCCGACGGGACUGAAGUUGUUGUUGGGGUUGAUCAACGAACACCACAAACAUCACCUAGUCUAGAAGCGACUGUUAUACCUCUAUCAAGUAAUCCAAGUCGUCAGAAAAAAGCCAAAAAACCAUUCACUAUUGAAAAUAUCAUUGCUCCUGAUGAAGAUGAUAAACUGAAGGAUGAUGAUAGCAAAAGAUUGACGAGUAAAACUGGUCUUAUAGCACCUAGACCUUUUUUCAGUGCUUUCUCAUUAACUUCAACAGAAAAUGGUCUUCAUAAAUCUCCUUUUGGUACUGCAAUUUGAACAUAGUUCUCAUUAGGAUCCAAUUUUAAGUCAAAACCUGAAUAAUAAGUGGUUGAAAUUAAACACGAGUUUUCGUUGGUGUUUCUAUGGAAACUUAAUGAGGAAACGUUUAUCGAGCAACUUUUCGUCUGCAAGUAAAGAAGACAGACUUGUGGGAGGGAUCGAUAAAAGACUCAUGGGCAAGUGCCUAGUUGUCUGUGUAUUAUAUACUUCAAGCUUGAAAAAAAGUGUAUCAGAAAGAAUGCUGUGAUGAUUGUAUGUGUAAACACAGAAAGGAAAAUAGUCAAGUCCGAAGGACUUGUUAUAGACCAAGUCUAGUUAUAAUGAUACAGUGAAAGAGUAACUCUUGUAGAAAAGUGUAGGCUAUGUAUUUCCGUGAUACAUCAAUAUUUUAUCUAUUUCAACGAUUCGACGAAUUGUGUAUCUUGUUUCCGUGAUAACUAUGUGCAUAUUGGAUAAUAAAGACAGGAUAUUACGAAAGACGAUAAACGCAGCUAAUAUAAAUACCUAAUAAAAUUUGUUUAUAUGUAGUAUAAAAUAAAUAAUGAAUUGGAUUAAAUCGAUCAAAUGCAAUUUAUAAAUGUAUUAUUAUAUAU